AUGUCGGUCCUCUUCACGAGCAUUUCGGAUGACAAUCCUGUCAAGCUGGAUGAUGCCCAGUCACUGCUGAAGCCGCUCGGCCUCACGAUUGACCCGGCCGAAACCGAGGAUUUUCACACUCUUCUAGCAGCCGUACAUGACUGUGCAGAGACCGUGUCUGCGCUCCCAGACUAUCAGCCUAAGUCUGAUCAUAUCCGAUAUCCGCGUGAGAAUGUGCGACGACCAGGCGCAGAUGAACAGGUGCUUGGACAAGCCUGGGCUCAUCGGUUUCUGGUUCGCGGGAACCCUAAUGGAGGGCCGCUGGCUGGCAAGUCGGUUAGCCUCAAAGACGUGAUUGCGGUCGCAGGCGUGCCACAGCUACAGGGGAGCGAUAUCAUCCCAUCAUGGACUCCUACUGCCGACGCUACGGUGGUGACUCGGCUGUUGGAAGCCGGGGCGAAUAUUGAGGGCACGUCGACGUGUGAGAAUCUCUGUCAUUCCACUUCAUCAUACACCAGUGCCCAGGGGACAAUAGAGAAUCCGCAUGCUCCCGGAUAUUCUGCUGGUGGAAGUACAUCGGGAGGUGCUGCCUUGGUGGCAGCGGGAAUGGUGGAUAUCACGAUUGGUGGUGAUCAAGGGGGUAGCAUCCGAGUGCCGGCUGCCCUGUGUGGAUGUGUUGGACUCAAGCCUACAUAUGGACGAGUUCCAUUCACAGGUAUCUCUAGCGGAGAUGCCAUCAAUGAUCACACCGGUCCGCUGACCAGAACAACACUGGAUGCUGCAACAUGUCUGGAUGUUGUUAGUGGCUACGACGGGAUCGAUGACCGGUCUGUGGGCAGCCCGAAGCCUGGAUCAACGAGCUUUGCAGCCACGCUGAAGCAAAGUCCAGAAAGACUCGAUGGGGUAAAGAUUGGGAUCCUAACUGAGGGGUUUGAACACAACGCAGUGGAUGAAGCUGUGAAACAAGUGGUUCUGACCGCCGUGAAGAAAUUUAAAGACCUCGGCGCCACCAUCGAAGAAGUAUCUCUUCCAGAUCACUUGCAUGGACCUGCCAUUUGGACCAUCCAGCAGCGAAUCGCGGGUGCACAGACUCUGCUGGGUCAGAACACCGGGAGGAGAGGACUUUACAUGACUGAGAUGGAGCAUGCACGCCUCCCCUGGACGGACGCGGGCUUCCAGCAAGCCUUCCCAUCGACGAAGAACGUCAUUAUCAAUGGGUUGUACUUGGCAUCACGCUUCCCAGGCCUUUAUGGCAAGACUGCGAAUAUUGGGCGCCAAUUGAGCGACAAGUAUGAGAUUCUUUUUGAAAAAUACGACGUGCUGGUUAUGCCGACCACUCCAGUCGUUGCCCCGAAACAUGGCCAACGAGGCCUUCCCUUGGAGUCGCUCAGGCCCAGUAUGGGCCUUACGAUCAACACUGCUAUCUUCAAUGUGACCGGCCAUCCGGCCAUAUCGAUUCCGGUGGGGUUUGCUCCGGCCAAGGAAGAUGGUCAGGUGGAACUCCCUGUGGGUAUGCAGAUCGUUGGAGGAUUGUGGCAGGAGGCAAAGAUAUUACGUGCUAGUCAUGCGUGGGAAACACAUGUUGACUGGAGGAAGUUGCAUUAA